AUGGGAUUCGUGGAGGCCAGACCCAAAAUUUUGCUUCUGGGAGAUAUAAACCAUGCAAAGAAAUCCUGGAACGCGCUGGGUGAACUCGGCGAGCUGAUCGAGCCAACCGCCACCAACCGUGCUGACUUCAUUCAAGAGUGCCGGGAUGGGAAGUUCGAGGGAGUUGUCGCUGCCUACCGUACCUUUCACUCCAUCCAGAUCACAGGCCGGAUCGAUGAGGAGCUGGUGAAGGAGCUGCCACGUUCUUUGAUAUAUCUUGCUAGCUGCGGAGCCGGUUAUGAUCAGAUUGAUGUCCACGAUUGCAGUGCACGCAACCCUCCGAUUCGCGUCUCCAAUGUCCCCACUGCCGUGGACGAUGCGACCGCUGACGUGAACAUGUUCCUUAUCCUCGGUGCUCUGCGUAACUUCAAUGCUGGUAUGUACGCUCUGCGUCAAGGGAAGUGGGUUAGUGGAGUGAACCUUGGGCACGACCCCGAGGGGAAGACCCUAGGAAUCUUGGGCAUGGGUGGCAUUGGCCGAAACCUGAAGAAGAAAGCCGAGGCUUUCGGUAUGACGGUUGUUUAUCACAACCGUCGUCAAUUGAGCGAGGAGCUCUCUGGUGGAGCUCAAUAUGUCACUUUUGAUGAGCUCUUGUCCACCAGUGAUGUGCUCAGCUUGAAUCUGCCUUUGAAUAAAAACACACGUCACAUCAUUGGUAAGAAUGAGUUUGUUAAGAUGAAAGAUGGUGUGGUUGUCGUCAAUACGGCUCGCGGUGCUGUCAUGGAUGAGGCUGCGCUCGUUGAGGCUCUGGACAGUGGCAAGGUCUUUUCGGCUGGUCUUGAUGUCUUCGAACAGGAGCCCACAGUUCAUCCCGGCUUGCUCAGCAAUCCGAAUGUGAUUCUGGUACCUCACAUGGGUACUUGGACGAUUGAGACGCUCACUACAAUGGAAGAAUGGGCUAUUGAAAAUGUCCGUCUGGCGUUGACUACUGGCAAGCUCAAGAGCCCAGUCCCGGAGCAGGCUGACUUGUAA